GUGGGAUGGAGUCAAACAGGGUCCCAGGCUAGUCCUGCUGAGAGGGCAGCCCCCAGCCAUACAGAAAUGGCAGUCUUGACCUCAAUAACUGAUGAGUUAGAGCAAAGGUUAAUUAUUCAAAAUGAUAGAGAAAGCAUGGUUGAUUUCAAUUGUCGAAUGGGAAUAAGACUCCUUAAAGAGUCACCCAGCAUUGGGGGAAAUGUUGAAAAAGACACGUUCCUCAUAAGGCCAGCGGUCAAGAAUGCAUGCCACAGAGAAUUUGAAGACCUAUCAAAUGAGAAUCGUGAUGAAGUCUGCUUUCAAAUGAAAUUUCCACCGAACACUGCUGAGUUUAACUCUGCAGUGCGUGCUGCAGAUAAUUGGUUUCUCAUUGAGAAGCCACUGACCAGCGAUGCAGACCAAUACAGUGCGCGAGAUGAAAUAAACCUGGGACUCGCCAGCUUUACACAGGAGGCAGCGGAGUGCCAAAGCAUCAUACCCAUAAGGCCAAAUGCUGAAGGAGAUAAAAAGGAAACUUACUGUCACCAAACGGACAUACUGCUUUCCCCUCGGAAGAGGAAGGCUUGGGAAGAUUGGAAUUUGCAAAUAAGUAGCCUCCUCAAGUCAUCCCAGGAAUUGCCUCCAAGAGGAACAAGGGCCAGUGAUGUUUCCCAGGAGGAAGCAAUAGACCAGUGGGCCAGGAGGAGGCAGCAAUUCAAAGGCUGCAAAAGCAGCAGCUCAGCAGGGGCAAGUUCAUUCGCCAGCAACAUCACGGAAGGAUCCAUCAUCUCAGAAGACAGCCUUUCUGUGGACCUUGGCUUUCGAGCUGAUAUGGAGGAAAAAGGUUUCUACACGGAGACUUUCCAUUCAGCAGCCUGGGUUUUUCGAGGGGACGAUGGGAAUCCUGAGGACAGUCCCAGAUGCCUUAGUAAGAAACCCCGACCUGCAGCUGUUCGAGAGCGAACCCUAAGACUCUUCAAAGGAACUGAUGAUUGUCCCUGGGGCUUCCAAAUUCAAUUCUCCAAACCAAUCGUGGUAACAGAAGUGGAUACUAACAGCGCUGCUGAGGAAGCUGGGCUGCAGAUCGGAGACGUGGUGCUGGCUGUCAAUGGCACUGAGGUCAGCAGUGUGGAGCAUGCAGAAGCUGUGCACCUGGCAAGGAAAGGCCCAGACAUCUUGACUCUGGUGGUGGGAUCUGACAUCAGCCGCUGUCCCAACACCCCUCGGCCCACCUGCCGCGGCUACCUACAUAAGAGGACUCACUCUGGCUUCGUGAAGGGCUGGAGGAAGCGGUGGUUUGUGCUGAAGCAUGAUGGCCGCCUCCACUAUUACAGACAUAAGAAGGAUGAAGGGAAGUGCCCCCCUCUAGAGGUAAUAAAAUUGGAAGGCGCAGAAGUUGACAUGGACAGAAGUUUGGGAAAACCAUUUGUGUUUAACUGUGUGCCUCAACCUGGAAAUAGAACUUUUUGCCUCUGUGCAACUUCCAACCAAGAAAUGAAAAGGUGGCUUGAGGCAAUGGACAAAGCGGCCCAUCCUGUCCACCAGAACCACGUCUGGGAAGAUGUCACUCUGCACAACAGCAGCCUCCCUCCCCUGGCUAUCAAGAACCCAGAGUGCCUGGGCCUUCUGCACCAACUGGACAGAAGCACAGCCGUGUGGGCCCAGCACUACUGCAUUCUGAAGGAUGGCUGCUUGUACCUCUACGCCAGCAUUCGCUCCACCCAGGCCUCAGGUGGCCUAUAUCUGCAAGGAUAUAGGGUCAAUGAGCAGACUCUUAGCUUCAAGCAAUCAAUAAUUGAACUUACACCUCCAUCUGAAGAAUUCAAGACUUUCUAUUUCUGUGCAGAAAAUAAAACAGAAAACCAACGCUGGAUUACAGCUCUGAAAAUGUCUAUCAAGAAAUGGCUUCCUUUGCAUCAGGCUAUUCAAGACUUCAUCAAUCGACCUCUAGAGGAGACCAGAAUGUAAAAAGAAGCCUAAUUUUAAGAGAAAAUCUCCACAAAAUCAUCACCAGCUAGUUGUGGGGAUAAACAAAAACAUUUCUCAUUAUAUAGCUUUUCAAAUAAAUGUUUCUCCAAUAGAGUAAAACUUUGUGAUAAGAUUAUAGUUUUGUUUUUUAACUGAAAUAUCAAAAUUGAUGUGACAUUCAAAUAAUCCAACUUAUGUCAACAUCAUUAAUCCCCCCUCAUGUUUUCCCCCUAAGGCUGUACAUAUUAGCAUCAAAAUAUAUCAUGCCCUAUCCCCUUCCUGUCUUUUGAAAACAUAAAUACAAUAAAGUUGAUUUAUUUAUUUUCUCUUUUUUAUUCUUUUCUAAAUGUGCUUUAGCUGUAGGCUUCUUAGAAUGCCUACAGGCCACGAUGUGGGAAGCUGAUA